GCCGACGCAGAAACCUGCGGCAACCAAACGAACAGGCCUUCUAGCGUUUUCUCUAGUCGCACCUCCCUCCCACCCUCCCUCCAUCUUCUCCCUCUUCUUCUGACCCUUACAACCUCCAAUCUCUGCAUCACAACUCAGGAGCCAUUACUUGUUAUUCGAAUGGAGUGCAACCGAGACGAGGCCUUAAGGGCAAAAGAAAUAGCAGAGAACAAGUUCAAAACAAGAGACUUCGCAGGAGCCAAGAAGUUCGCAUUGAAAGCUCAAUCCCUCUUUCCAGAGAUGGAAGGCGUUUCUCAGAUGCUAUCCACUUUCCAUGUCUUCCUCGCCGCAGAGACCAGAGUUAACGGGGAAGUAGACUGGUACGGGAUACUCGACGCAAACCCACGUGAUGACAACGAGACGCUGAAGAAAAAGUACAGGAAGCUCGCUCUAAUACUCCACCCGGACAAAAACAGCUCCGUUGGAGCCGAUGGAGCUUUCAAGCAUGUCUCCGAAGCUUGGAAGUUCUUGUCUGAUAAGGACAAGAGAGGUGCUUAUGAUCGUAAGAGGAGUUUGUACACUAUGUAUAACAAGGUUUCCGUCUCUUCUUCUAACAGCGGCUUCUGCAAUUUCGCCAACGUUAGGCCGCCGCCGCCGCCGCCGAGUCAGAAGAAGAACAAUCCUCCGCCGACGCAGAAGAGCAAUCCUCCGAAGCCAGCACAGAGGACAGGAGAGAGUGAUCAUCAUCAUCAUCAUCAUCAUACAACAGCACCGAGCUCGUUUGCUGCGGAUGAUACUUUCUGGACGGUUUGUAGGAGAUGCAUGACGCAGUACGAGUAUCUUAGAACAUAUGCCAACUGUAACGUUAUGUGUCCUAACUGUCUACAGUCGUUUUCAGCAGUGCGAGUCCCUAAACCGGGUAUGUUAAGCCAUUGGAGUCGUCUCAACAGUGCAAAGACGAAGUCAGCUGAUGCUGCUGCUGCUUCAGGUGUGUUCAACAACUCCAAGUGGACAUUCUCGAGAACCAGUAGUGUUGCUCACGCUAAAAGUCUGGUUCAACAGACUUAUGAGAAGGUGAAGAAAGAUCGUGAGGAGGCACAAGCAAGUGAUAAAAGAGGAAAGAAGAAUGCCAAAAGGAAGUGCACUACCACUGGUGCUUCUCUUAAAAAGAGGAAGGUAGUAGGAGAAAACGAGACAGGUGGCUCUGGUGGAAGAAAGGUCGUUUACUAUGUGAGUGCUGGUGAGACCGGAAGGAACAUGGGAAAGUUACAUGUAACAACGAAAGAGAGAGCAUCUCCCAGACUCAAGAAAAAGAUUUGCAAGGAGGCUGUUACAAGGGAGGUGAAGUCGCGUUAGCGUUCUGAAUCAGUUGAGGUAGUAUUUUUUUGAGUUAUCAAGGCAUAACUGUGCGGUUGAUGUGUCUGCUAUAUAUCAGCUUCAGGCCAUCAGCUCUAGGAUAUAUAUAUUUUGUAAUGCGGGGCAUUUGGUAAUCUCUUGGUUCUAACAUUGUAGAGAACAAGAUGGGUCUUUUUUCUGGGGUAGAUUGAUUGCAAAAUACUUCAACAUUUUAAGAUAGACUCAUUGUUGUGUCAAGUUGUGUUUGUAUCAAACAAUCAUCACUUGGUUCUUAUGUUCCUUUUCAUUUUAGUCACUUAGCAAAACG